AGCUUCACAGAGAGGGAGGGGAGGGAUCUCACUCGGCCCCCCUUUCCUUUUGAAAGCCCUCUUUCAUCAGGAUGGACGAGGGCAAGUCCUUGCGCUUGUUUGGGGCCAAGAAGAUAUAAAAGUCCUCCAUUCCCGAGUGACGUAGAGAGUCGUCCUUCCUCCGCGCGCAGGAGGAUCGUUUGCCUUUUUCAUUCCCACCAAGGAAUGUCGAGAAGCUCAACGCAAUGACUGGAAGACUUGGUUAUGAACCUUUCUGACUUUGCCACCUUCUGCCUGUCCUUCGGGGCCACGCGAUGUUUCGGCUGCUUAAAGAAGCCCCGUCCCAAGCCCUUAAGCGAGAGCUUUUUUAUGGUCAAAGGAGCUGCGUUAUUCCUGCAGCAAGGAAACAGUCCGCAAGGACCACCCCGGAGUCUCCUGCAUCCUCACAAACAUGCAGGUAACAUCUUCCAGGCCUCUCCAGGAGAUUUGCCGCAGCACCUUCAGGUGAUGAUCAACCUCCUUCGCUGUGAGGACAGAAUCAAGUUGGCCGUGCGCUUAGAAAGUGCCUGGAGCGAUCGCGUGAGGUACAUGGUGGUCGUCUACAGCACUGGGCGCCAAGACACCGAGGAGAACAUUCUCCUGGGCGUGGACUUUUCCAGCAAGGAGAGCCAGAGUUGUACCAUCGGGAUGGUGUUACGUCUAUGGAGCGAUACGAAGAUCCACCUGGAUGGAGACGGCGGGUUCAGCAUCAGCACGGCGGGCAAGACACACAUCUUCAAACCCGUCUCGGUGCAAGCCAUGUGGUCUGCCUUGCAGAUCCUCCACAAGGCUUGCGAGAUGGCUCGGAGGCACAACUACUUCCCGGGGGGGAUGGCACUUGUCUGGGCCACCUACUACGAGAGCUGCAUCGCCUCCGAGCAGAGUUGCCUCAACGAGUGGAACGCCAUGCAGGACCUGGAGUCUCCACGCCCCGACUCGCCUGCCCUCUACAUGGACAAGCCAACCGAGCGGGAGAGGGCAGAACGGCUGAUCAAGGCCCAACUCCGGAGCAUCAUGAUGAGCAAAGAUCUGGAGAACGUGACUUCCAAAGAAAUCCGGAACCAGCUGGAGAAGCAAAUGAGCUGCAAUUUGAAAGAAUUCAAGGAAUUCAUUGACAAUGAGAUGCUGCUCAUCCUGGGUCAGAUGGACAAGCCCUCCCUCAUUUUCGACCAUCUCUACCUAGGGUCUGAAUGGAAUGCCUCGAACCUGGAGGAACUUCGGGGUUCAGGCGUGGACUACAUUUUAAACGUCACCAGGGAGAUCGACAACUUCUUCCCGGGGUUGUUUGCGUACCACAACAUCCGCGUCUAUGACGAAGAAACGACCGACCUUCUUGCCCACUGGAAUGAGGCUUAUCAUUUUAUCAACAAAGCCAGGAAGAACCGCUCCAAGUGCCUGGUUCACUGCAAGAUGGGCGUGAGCCGCUCUGCCUCCACAGUCAUUGCCUACGCCAUGAAGGAGUUUGGGUGGUCCUUGGAAAAGGCCUACAAUUACGUCAAGCAGAAGCGCAGCAUCGCUCGGCCCAAUGCCGGGUUCAUGAGGCAGCUGCUGGAAUACCAGGGUAUCCUGGAUGCCAGCAAACAGCGCCACAACAAGCUCUGGAAACAGCAGGCGGGAGGCGGCUUCCCCCCCAGUUCAGAAAGCUCCGCCGGGCCCAAUGAUUUCCUGCUUGGCAGCCUGGAGGAUGCAGACCUGGGGCCUCCUGGCCCGCCUCUCUGUGCAGACCGCCGAACGGCCCUGGAGUUGGUGGGCCUCCACUACUGCUUGCGGCGCCUCUCCGACUCCUUGCCAGGCCCCCGGGAGCUGUGCCUGCAGGUGGAAGACCUGGAGGCAGACUCGAGUCUGGAGGAGGACCUGCUGGGGCAGCUGCAGGCAGGGAAGCCGGAGGUCAAGGGGCAGGCCGAGCCGUCCAGCCCGGCAGACCUCAAGAGCCGCCUGAAGCCCGAGGCCAGCCAGCUGAGGGAGGAGACGGUUCCUCGGCUGCAAGUCUCCGAGGAGGAAAAGCCCCUUGAACGAUGGAAGCGGCGGUCGCUGGACGGGGAGGGCAGGCACAACUGCGAGAAUCUGAAUAACAACAACAGUAAGAGGAGCUGUCCGGAUGACUUUGAACAUGAAGCCCUGUUUGGGAUCCUCCACAAAGUCAAGCCCCCCUACAAGUCUUGCACCGACUGCAUGUAUCCCUUGGCUGGUGGGUCCCCCCCUGAAGCCUUCAGGGACUCCCCGGAGGUCCUGCCAGCGGAGGCCCCUUGCCACCGUGCCACCGUCUGCACCCAGCCCUCGUUCCCAAUGUGUCUGGAGGAGGCCUUCUGCAAGGAAUCCCAGGGACCGAAAGCCAACAGUUUGCUCCCGAUGGCUGUGGGAAACGAGGUCCAGGACGUCAGCCCUGAUCGGCCAGCUUCAGGCUGGCCCUGCGGCCCUCCUGAAAAGCCCAGGGAGGCCCCUAAAACCCCAGGAGGGGCCUCGCUUGGCUCAAGACAUUCUCUCUGUGAGAGAAGCCCGGUCUUCAAGCACGAUCCUUUUCCAAGAAAAGAUGCUAGGCAGACCAAGGACUUGAAAUACUUGCUCUUCAGCAAAGAUACGGAGAAGCCAACCACAAACAGCUAUCUGAUGCAGCAUCAGGAGUCUCUUCUUCAGCUCCAGAAAGCUGGCUUAGUCCGCAAGCACACAAAGGAACUGGAGCGCCUCAAGGCCCUGCCACCCGACACAGCCGGGCAGGGCAAGGAGUGUUCCGGAGGCCCAACCGAUGUUGCGACUAUCUUGGAAGAGGAGGCCCAGGAGAUGGUCGUCAUUGAGGGUCAGCUGCAGCCCUCCUCUCAGGAUGUCUCAGAGAAGUUCCUCAAGACCCUUCUUGUUGCUGAAGCCUCCCAGAAGACCUCCACGCCCAUCCCCUCCAAGGCGGACCACAUGAGCACCUUCACAAAAGACUUCCUGAAGACCAUCUCCUACACCCCAUCACCUUCCAGGAGCUCCAACCUAACGCGGAGUUCCAGCAGCGACAGCAUCCACAGCGUCCAUGGGAAGCCCGGGCUGGUGAAACAGCGGACGCAGGAGAUUGAAACCCGGCUGCGGCUGGCCGGCUUGACCGUCUCCUCUCCACUGAAGCGCUCCAACUCUCUCGCCAAGCUGGGCAGCCUCGACCUGGCCUCCGAGGACCUGAUGGGAGAGGUGGACUUGUCACCCUUGACCCAUCCGAGAGAGGCCACGCCAAGCGAGCCUCCAGCCCUUUGCGACCUCCUCUCCUGGAAGAACACGGAAGACGGACUCCAACCCUCGGCAAAACCGACCCCGGGGAAGCUGAAGCACAUACCCCGGAUGGGAAAAAGCUGACCCCUUUGCAGUGUUGUUAUUUUAAUGGUUACUUUUAGUUUCGUCUGUACUAAAUGCAAUUUUAUCUUGUUCAGAAAAGAAGAGAGAGUUGCCUUCCGCUUCUCAGGUAGCCCUUCCAGCCCAGUGGCAACAGAGCAGGGACAUCCGAGAAGGGGACCAGCCCAAGGAGAAGGCGCAGAGCCCUUGGGCUCCUCUCACGGCCUCUUCUGGACUUUUAUUGGGCAGCGCCAUCCUUCCUUACAUGCCAAAAAAUGUCAAAAGAACCCAGAGAUUUGCUUUGAAGGUCAAGCCAAGUGUUACUCUUCCUCCUUUAAGAGUCCCUCGUGAAAGGACCCAAAGGGGACACAAAUGCUACCUCCGAUUCUCAGAUCUACAUAGAUAGAUAGACAGACAGGCACCUCUGCGUGUGUAUGUAGUUUAAGGCUUUUUCAAACCCUUCCCCUGAAACCGAUUUUUUUCUAAGGAAAAAAUAGUCCCUAGGUCAAUAGGAUUAUCGCCCUGGCCCCAUGGCUCACUCAACGCACCUGGAAUGGCAGAGGAUUUUGAGCAGGAAGCACUUUUGCUAGCCAUCGCUGGACUGAACGUACCGGCCAGUGUCCUCAUCUGAACUGACCAGUGGCUGGCAAGAUUGUUGUUUUCCCUCCAAACUUGAUAGUUUUGUUUGUGGGUGUUGGGUGGGACCCCCUCCCCCCCCCGAAUGUAUCUCCCUCCCUUUUGCUGUACCUGUUACAUGUAGGAGAUGGUUACUGUUUCUCCCGAUCCUGUUGAAAAACUGUAAAUUUCAUUGUAGUGUUACCUAGUGAGGUACGACCGGUAAUGUAUGUUUCCUGGGGCAUUAAACACUUUUGUUGAUA